GGAAUAAGAAAAUAAAUAGAGCAUAAGUAUGGCAGUAAAUGGGAAUCAGCAGUACAGAUUCUAGAGGUAUUUUUAGAAAUCCAUGAAGCAGUGGGAAGGAAUGGAGUCAACCCGUGGAAUAUUUUCAGCUGAAUUUACUUGCUCUGGCGUCUUUUGUUAAUUGUCAUUCAAAGGUAAGGCAGCUUCGUCUUCAUCGCCAUUGUGCUCUCCUCCUUAUCCUAAAUCUUCUCCUUUUUAGAGUUGAAACCGUGUGGAAGAGGCUGCUUCCUUGCUUUUUCGUUUCUUGCAUUUCCUCUUCCUUUCCGAUGCGUGGUGAGCCGUCCUUCUACCUGCCCUAAGCUCUUCCUUCUGAGCUUUUAACUUCUCAGCUCCAGCUUUUGUUUCUCUACCGCAUUGGGUGCGCUCAUCUAUUAUUCUCUGGCUAUUCUUGUUAAUUUUCUGCUUCCAAGUGAAGAUAGCUCCCUGGAUCAUCGAGAUCUUUGCUAAAGUUUUCGCAUUUUGGUAUUUUUCUUGUUCAUCAAGAUAGUUUUGGCUGUUUAUUUGUUGGGUUUUGCUUAGAUUUGGUUUCUUCAUUUUUUUUUAAAGGAUUUUAGUGAAAAUCAGCUGAAAUUCAGAUGCCCUGAUUCAUUAAAAAAAAAAGGGGGCUUUCCGGUCGGGAAUUUCGAAAUUUGAAAUUCUAGGGUUUUUAGUUUGCUCUUGUUUGCAUCGAAUCUGCCCAGAUGGGUGGUAUAUUCAGCAAGAAGAGAGAUGAUGAAGCCCCAUCAGUACGUAUCAAUUCACAGUACGCGGCUGAUCUGAGCUCGUAUGAGGCAGCAUGCCGACUCGAUCCGGACUUGCAGUCCUUCGAUACCAACGUUCAGGAGCGCACUAAUCGUGUAAUCAAUACGCUUGCUGUGGGAGUUGAGGUUGGAGUCGAGGUGCGAUCUCUAUCUUUCGAUUCGCUCAGAGAGGUCACCGAUUGCUUACUUGAAAUGAAUCAAGAAGUAGUCAAAGUAAUUCUAGAGCGUAAGAAAGAUAUUUGGAAGUGUAAAGAGCUUUUUGAUCUGGUUGAGGAAUAUUUUGAUAACAGUCUCCGGACUUUAGAGUUCUGUACUGUACUUGACAAAUGUCUGAAGCGAGCUCGGGAUUCCCAAUUGAUAGUUCAGGUCGCAUUACAGCGUUUUGAGGAAGAGGAAAAGGAUGGAGUUGGCGAGAAUAAGCAUUUGAAGACAUUACAGGAAUUGAGGAAUUUUAAGGCUGCAGGCAAGCCAUUUUCCGACGAUUUUUUUGAGCUGUUUCAAUCAGUUUAUAGUGGACAAAAAUUGAUGUUAGAGAAAUUGCGACAGCGCAAACGGAAGCUUGAUAAGAAGUUGAAAUCAUUGCAAGGAUGGAGGAAGGUUUCAACUAUAAUAUUUGUUUCGGCAUUUGUCUCAGUUUUGAUAUUCUCAGUGGUGGCGGCUGCCAUUGCAGCACCACCCGUUGUGACUGCUUUGGCAAGCGCUUUGGCUGUUCCAAUAGGCUCAAUGGGUAAAUGGUUUGAUUCCAUAUGGAAGAAGUAUGAGAAGGAGCUGAAAGGACCGGGGGAGAUAAUUAGCUCAAUGCAGGUUGGCUCUCUUAUUGCAAUCAAGGACUUGGAGGACAUUCGGGUUCUUGUCGAAAAAUUGGAAAUUGAUAUUGAGUCACUAUUGCAAAAUGCUGAUUUUGCUAUUCAGGAAGAGGAUGCAGUAAAACUUGUAAUAGAAGAGAUCAAGAAGAAACUGCAUGGGUUUAUGGAAACCAUUGAAAUGUUGGGUAAAAAUACUGAUAAGUGUAGCAGGGAUAUAAGGAGAGCAAGAACAGUGAUUUUGCAGAGGAUAAUCAGACAUCCCAACAGCAACAACUGAAUUAUACCCUUGGUUUAUUGAGAUGCAUCACCGGAUUGAGCAUUAAGAAGUGGUGACCGUACAGACUCUGGGAGAUUCUUAUAUUUGAUCCCGAUCCAGUAUUUCAAUGCUUAACUCCACAAUUAUUGUAUUUCCCCCAUCCCCGUCCCCACACCAAAAAAACAAAACAACAACAAAGAGUUUGCACACACUGUUUUUGCUGAGCAGAUGAAGAGUAGAGCCUGAGAAUCCAGGUCUCGUAUAGAGGUGAAAUUCUUUGUUUUCCAGCUUUAGAAAAAAUGGAGUUUUGCUGCAUCAGUCAGUCGUUUGGUCUUCCUGGCUAAAAUGAUGGGGUGAUUUUGGACCUGGUCCAUAGGAAAUGGAUGGUGCUGUUUAAGAAUGUAACAGGAUCAGAAUUAAACAUAGACUUCCAGUUGCUUGUAGUUAGUAUAGGGUAUAGAGUGUAGAACUGUUCUAUAGUGUGGAAGAUUUUUUUCAGGAUAAAAUCGGCGUGUUGUAAGUGUUAGACGCCCAAGGGAAAAGGUCAGUGGCAAUCAUUUUCUUUCCA